AAUAAAUACAUCAGUUGUAGUAGGACUCCUAUAAAUACUUAGCAGCAACUGUGUAGUGUACAUAUUCUUUUGAAGAAGACAGAAAUAUGUUAAGGAAGUAUUUCUUUAUUAUUUUUGCUGUAACAUGUUUUGAGCAAAUAUCUAUAAAUGGAGCAUCGCCUGGAAAAUUGCCAUUCGAUAAAUGUUCUCUAAAGGACUCAGAAUGUAUAAAAACGCAAGUUCAGAAGUCCGUGAGUGCCUUUACUGCUGGGAUACCCGAGCUCGGCAUACAAAAACUUGACAAAAUGUUUAUAGAUUCAGUUAAAAUUCAAAAGGAUGGCUUGGAUUUCCAAAUCAGAAACGUUGAGAUAGAAGGACUGAGGAACGCGGUAAUUGACAAUGUUUGGAUUGACACAAAUUUAAAAUAUAUACACCUAACGUUCCACACGAAUCUAAACAUUGAUUCCGACUAUACAGUAGGCGGCCAUUUGUUUACAUUCCCAGUCAGUGGUGCAGGCAAGGCUCAUAUGCGUAAAUUUAAUGACACUACGGAGAUGUUAAUAUUAUUCGACUUUAAGAAAAACGAGAACGGGGAGGACGUUAUCAAUCUUCUUGAUUAUAGAUACGGAAAUGACAAAAGUGGCGCUGACUAUAGAUUUGAAAAUUUAUUCAACGGAGAUAAAGCUAAAAGUGACCUUGUCCACGAAUUUAUCAACAGGAAUUGGAGAACAACAACAUUGAGUUUCGGGCCAUACCUUUACGAUAAAAUGAAUGACAUACUCUUCAACUCAUGUAAAAGUAUUUUGGGAUCAGCGCCUGUGCAAGACUUUGCCAUAGUAGAUUAAAUUAUCAUCAUCAUUAUCAGCCGAUGGACGUCCACUGCUGGACAUAGGUCUCUUGCAUGGACUUCCAAGCACAACGGUCUCGAGUCGCCAGCAUCCAGCGGCUCCCUGCAACCCGCUUGAUGUCUUCGGUCGCCAUUCCAGCAUUUUAGGACCCCAACGUCCAUCGGCUCUUCGAACUAUGUGGCUUGCCCAUCGCCACUUCAGCUUCGCGACUCGCUUUGGUUUGUCUGCGGAUCUUCUCAUUUCUGAUUCGAUCACGCAGAGAAACUUCAAGCAUAGCUCGCUCCAGCUGCCAGCU